AGUUAGAAUCCACAAACUAUAAAUGUCUUUUUGAAUGUCAAUAUGAAAAACCUGAGACUUUUUUUUCCAUAAAUGAUCAAUUUAUGAAGUUGACUUUAAACGGAGAAUAUGACAGAUAACCAGUUGAGUGGCAAAAAAGUCAGCAAGUAGCUUACAUCAUAUGAUUAAAUCUAUAUAGUUUCUUACAUGUGUUUGUUUGAUUGGUAAAAGAUCAAUUUGUUUCCAAGAAGAACAUAUAAGUCCAUUUGAAAUUGAACAUAGGAAGCAACAUCUAUAAUAUUAAAUGGCAAUUUACGCCUUUCAUUUCAAAUUUUAGUUCAUGUUUGAAAAAUGGCAACAUACCUAAAAUCUCUAUUCAUUGUGAAUGAAAGUACUACAACACAGUUACACUAUCAAAGAUUGAAUUGGAAUCGUCACCUAACACGUUAACUAGGUUCCUUAGGACACCUGAAACUAAUUUGUAUGCUAAACCACAUAACGUCUAGAAAACCUAAAGAGACGUUAUUCUCAUAAAAAUGAGAAUUCACCUGAAACUAAUUUGUAUGCUAAACCACAUAACGUCUAGAAAACCUAAAGAGACGUUAUUCCCAUAAAAAUGAGUAUUAGUUUCACAUAUGAACGUUUAACUUAAAUUCACAAAACAGUAAAGUCAGGAAACCAACUUUUUUUUUAUCAGAUUAAACUUUAUCAUCCAUUAUUACAGAAAGUUUAAAUUGACAACAUUAAACACAAAUCACAACAGAAAAUGUAACCCUUUCCAGUAAAUUCAACAUAUAAUUGGCAAUAUUUUCUAAAAAUGUUGUUUCUCUCUGUCAGUCAAUUUUCCUAUUUAUUGAAAUUUCAUCUGCACCUGCAUUGAUUUACUAUCCAUCUAUAGCACUUUAUCUAUUUAUAGAGUCUGAGAUUUUUAAUGGGAAUAGGUCCAUACUAUCAUGAAUGCAAAAGCAUUACCUCACAUAAUGCCAUAGAGAAAAUGAGGUAAGAAUGAUAUAAUAGUAAUUUGGUAUUUUGAUUUCCUUUUCGUACGUAAAUAAAUAGCCUGUAACAUUGUAGUUAGUGCACUUGAAUACUACUAGCAAAGAGGGAAAAUGGUACGAAAAUUGUUUAGAUCAUUUUCAGGACAAGUAGUUUAGAAGAAAGAAGAAGGGUAGUUGACUAGUUUUUCACCCAUUUUCCUAGUCACAAAGUACAGUUAUAUUGUAAGUAACUUCACAAAUUAUCACCUUGAACAACUCCAAUUUACCUGCAAACCACUUGUUCUAUGUUUUAUCAUUAAAAUUAAUUACUGCUCCUCACACAAGAAACCAAGAAUCAACAUGGAAACCAGCUCAAAAAUCACACAGAAAUGGAUGUUAUGUGCAUUCGGGAGCUUCAUUAGCUGCUUCAUUUUCUUGCUAUACUUGAAGCACAACAAUGAGGCAGUAAAUUUCAGGGCUCUGCGACAUGCCAUGUUGAAUGUGGCCUCGUCUCUAGAUGAUAGCUUUUCGACUCAUGGAAAUUUAGAGAUCUCGAAACCAGCAAGAAGAGGAAAAGAUGAAGGGGAUAUAAUACAUAAAAACAGAAGGAACAAGUGCAACAUAUUUGAGGGAAGAUGGAUUUAUGAAUCAACGGAAAGCCCAUAUUAUGAAGCAUCACAAUGUCCGUUCUUGAGUGAACAAGUGAGCUGCCAGAAGAAUGGAAGGCCUGAUUUUGACUAUGAAAAUUGGUCUUGGGAAGCUCAUGAUUGUGUGAUCCCAAGCUUCAAUGGCAGAGAUAUGUUGAGGAGGCUUAGAGGCAAGAGGAUCAUCAUAGUUGGAGAUUCACUAAACAGGAACCAGUGGGAAUCUCUCGCAUGUCUUCUUUAUUCUACAAUUCCUCCUUCAAGAACCCAUCUUGAUUUUAGCAGUGGCUACUAUAAAGUCUUCAAAGCUAAGGACUACAAUGUUACUGUAGAGUUCUAUUGGAACCCGUUUCUUGUCCAGUUCGACUCAAUGAAUGCUCCUAAAAUUUUAAGGCUGGAGAAACUGGAUUUGUCGUCUCAGCAUUGGCAAGGAGCUGACAUUAUGGUAUUCAACACAGGACAUUGGUGGGUGCAUCAUGGGAAGUUCAAGGCGUGGGACUUAUUCGAGUACAAGGGACGAUUAGUUGAUGAACUGAAGCUAGAAUCAGCAUUUGAGGUGGCAAUGAGAACCUGGGCAAAUUGGAUAGAUCAGAAUGUUAACUUGACAAAAACAACAGUUUUCUUCAGAAGCAUUUCCCCAGAACACAAAAGUCAAAACGGAUGCUACAAUAAAACACAACCAAUCACAGAUCUGUCAUAUGUAACACAUUUUUCCGAGUCCCUGACGAAGAUUGUUGAUCGAACAUUGUCAAAAAUGAGAGUCCCUGUAAGAUACUUAAACAUCACUAAGCUCUCACAGCACCGCGUAGAUGCACAUCCAUCAGUCUAUGCCAAAAAGAAAGGACAAGAACAGAUAAAGAGGAAACUAAAGACACCACAGAGUAUUUCUGAUUGCAGCCAUUGGUGCCUGCCUGGAAUGCCCGAUACAUGGAAUCGGUUACUAUAUGCAUCUCUGCUUUUGGAUCACCCCAUUGAUUCCCCUAGUCUAUCACAUUGGUCUCUUGAAAAUCAGAGACGUAUCAUCAGUAGUCUAUAUUAGUUGUUGUAUUAGUGUGGAUAGUGAUGGCAAUUUCAACCCAUAUUUGCUUAACCCGCCCAUCAUUAACCCAUUUGGGUUAACCCGUUUUCAACCCGCAAUAUAAUGGGUCAAUGUGAUUUCAUAUUUCUAUUGGAUUCUUCCUGCUAGCCUAAGCGAGAUAUCUACUGAGGGAACUUUUGAACAUUCAUAUGAAAGUCUAACUGUGUGUGAUGAUUGUUUCCUUUCUUUCCACAUUGACCUCACAAAGCAUUUAUGUAGGACAAAUAUUUUUACUUGUAUAUGUUGUUCCAAUUAAGUCCUUAACAUUUUACAUAGCUCACAUAAACAUCUUCUGAUGAUAUUUAGAAUACUCUAUCCGUUUUA